UUUAUACUCUCCUUUGUUAGUCUUGGGAUCUAAGAGGAAAAUGGGAGGAGAAUCAUUUUCCUCAGGGCAGGUUAAGCUUCUUGCAGCCGUGCUUCUACUACAACUAUGUUAUGCAGGUUACAAUAUAGCUGCUAAGGUUGCACUCGACAAGGGCAUCGGCCAAUUUGUCUUUCCAGUGUAUAGGAAUGUUAUCGGUUUCUCGUUGCUAGCUCCAUUUGCAUACUUUCUCGAGAAGGAAGACCGACCAUCUUUAUCUCUUUCUUUGCUGUUUCAAUUCUUCCUUCUUGGAUCCUUUGGGAUUACAAUCACUCAAGUAUGUUUCCUCAUCGGCUUACGCUAUGUGCCCACAACUUAUGCCGCUGCGAUCCAGAAUUUGGGCCCGGCACUCACAUUUGCCAUGGCUGCGGCUCUCGGGCUUGAGCAAGUCCACAUCGCAAAGAGAUACGGGUUAGCAAAGGUGCUCGGCAUGGUUACUAGCAUAGGAGGUGCCAUUGUCAUCACUCUAUACAAGGGUCAUCCCCUGCUAUCUCACCCUCUUUCGACAAAUGUUUUAGCCACUCCCCUAGUUUUAAACUCUAUACUACACUGGACACUGGGUUGUGCCUACAUACUUGGAAAUUGCUUUACAUGGUCUGUCUGGAUGGUGCUUCAGGUUCCAGUGGUGAAGAAGUACCCAGCUAAGCUCUCAUUUAGUGCCUUCAUCUGCUUCUUCGGGUUUUUGCAAUGCCUUGUCGUAGCAUGCAUUUCUGAAACUGACAGCGAGAAGUGGAAAGUGCAUUCAGUAGAACAGCUCUGUGCAAUUCUCUAUUCAGGGCUUGUCAUGUCGGGCGUUGCCAUUGCUCUUCAGAUAUGGUGCAUAGAUAAAGGGGGUCCUCUUUUCACUGCUGUCUUCGGGCCAGUGCAUAUUGUGGCUGUGGCCAUAGUGUCGGUUCUCAUCUUCGACGAUCGAUUAUACUUGGGAGGGGUUGUUGGAUCAGUUCUCAUAGUGUUUGGGCUGUACUUGGUUCUAUGGGGCAAAAAGGAGGAGAAAGUUUCGAAUCAGGACAUGAGCCAAGGGCUACAGAGGCAUCUCCUCCAAAUCGACCCAUGCGAGUAGGGAACUCACAAGACAAGCUAUCGACUAUUCAACUGCGAAGGUAGUUCAUAAACAUUUUUUCCUCAACUAUGAACUGAGUUACAAUGUUGAUUUCUAUAAUAUAUUAUUCAGUAACACACAAUUAACAUUGCGAAGUUAAGAUGAACUAAUAAUGUUUGAGUUAGUAAAAUUCUGAUUACAA